UCAAUUAUAUCAUCAACUAACAAACAAUGGCUAAACUUCACAUUGCAUUGUUCUUCAUUCCAUUCUUCCUAUCUUCCAUUUUUCAUAUUUCCAAAGCCCAAUCGAAAGAGCCAGUCGAUCCAUUCUUUGAAAUUCCGAUUCGCCCCAACCCUCGCCGUGCUGAGAAAUCGGCAGCUAUCCGAGUCUACGUCCAGGAUGCAUUUUCAGGCUCCAAUGCGACCGUAUGGGAGGUUGCAACAGCAAAGAUCACGGGGAAUUCCUCGACACUAUUUGGGCAAGUUAUGGUUUUGGAUGACAAAUUGACUUCUAAGCCUGAAAGAAACUCUACUGAGGUGGGGCGGGCUCAAGGGCUUACAACUUCAUCGGGGUUUGGGGAGUAUGCGCUCACGAUGAACGUGAAUGUUUUGUUUACGGCCGGGGAGUACAACGGGAGCACGCUUUGCAUAGUUGGGAGGAAUCUGAUCGGCCAAAAGGAACGUGAGCUACCUAUUGUGGGAGGAACCAAAUUGUUUCGGAUGGCUCGAGGAUACGCUAUCUCGAAUACGUAUUCGUAUGAUCCUGUUGAGAAUUACGCGGUUUUGGAGUACACAUUUUAUGUAUAUUAUUAAAACCAUAUAUAUAUAUAUUUCAUGUUGGAAGGAUGACUCAAUUUGAUUAGUAUGGAAUAAGUGAUUUCAUGUUCAUAUAUUUAAAUUUUUAAUUUGAUAUUUGUAUGGUUUUCAUUAA